UGGGGGGCAAGCAGCAAAACUGCCCAGCCCCAGUGCACUCCGGAGCCGUCCUAAAUGAGGGCGCGCGAGGAAAAUUCUCCACGGACACAUUUGGGGUGAACGUGUUCCAGACGCACAGCCAGAGCCCAGGGUCCUGCCGAAGCUGCAGUGUUGGGGCUAUGGCUCUUACUUGGGAGGAGGCGCGAUUUCCACCCUCGAGAGUCUUGGCUCUCCCCACCCCCUCUCGGCACCAGCCAGUACGCGCCACCACCUGAGCCUGGCGUGAGCCCGGGCGCUCGCUGUCUUCAGCCAGCUCCUUUCCGCCUCUGGGGAGACUCAGCUCUAAGCGGGUGCGCCCGACGCCCCCAAUUCCCACGGGAGAACUCUUUACUUUUUGUUGGGAAGAUCCGGGCCAUUUCUUUAUUUAUCUCUGGGUCUCCCCAGAGGAGGACAGGGGAGGGGAGGGCGAGCGAGGCGGGCCGGGCCGGGGGAGGGGAGCACUGCGAGGGGAGGGGACUGGGUGUAGCCUGGAAUUCUCAGUCCUCGUGUUCCUGGGCUGGCGCGCGGAGUCUCCCGGAGAUAGCGCCGCCGCCGCCGCUCCCCGCGCCACCCCGUCGUUGGCCUCGGGGAUCGGGAUGCUGCGGCAGGUUCUGCACAGGGGCUUGAGGACGUGUUUCUCCCGGCUCGGCCACUUCAUUGCCAGUCACCCGGUCUUCUUCGCCUCGGCGCCGGUGCUCAUCUCCAUCCUGCUCGGCGCCAGCUUCAGCCGCUACCAGGUCGAAGAGAGCGUGGAGCACCUGCUGGCGCCCCAGCACAGCCUGGCCAAGAUCGAGCGCAACCUCGUCAACAGCCUCUUCCCGGUCAACCGCUCCAAACACCGGCUUUACUCGGACCUGCAGACCCCUGGGCGCUACGGCCGGGUCAUCGUCACGUCCUCUCAGAAAGCCAACAUGCUGGACCUGCACCACACCGACUUGAUCUUAAAGUUACAUGCUGCUGUCACCAAGAUCCAGGUUCCAAGGCCUGGUUUUAAUUACACGUUUGCCCACAUAUGUAUCCUGAAUAAUGAUAAGACUUGCAUUGUGGAUGACAUAAUACACGUCCUGCAAGAGCUAAAGAAUGCUCGGGCCACCAACCGGACUAAUUUUGCCAUCACAUACCCAAUCACUCACUUAAAGGACGGGAGAGCUGUAUACAAUGGGCACCAGCUUGGAGGUGUCACUGUGCACAGCAAGGAUCGGGUGAAAUCUGCAGAGGCCAUUCAGCUCACCUACUACCUACAGUCAAUCAACAGUCUCAAUGACAUGGUGGCUGAGAGGUGGGAGUCCAGCUUCUGCGACGCUGUCAGACUGUUCCAGGAAUCCAACAGCAAAGUCAAAAUAUACCCUUACACAUCCUCAUCACUGAGGGAAGAUUUUCAGAAGACCAGCCGUGUGUCAGAACGCUACCUGGUCACCAGCCUGAUCCUGGUGGUCACCAUGGCCAUCCUCUGCUGCUCCAUGCAGGACUGCGUCCGCAGCAAACCUUGGCUAGGCCUGCUUGGGUUGGUAACCAUAAGCUUAGCCACUCUCACCGCGGCCGGAAUCAUCAAUCUUACUGGUGGGAAGUACAAUUCUACUUUCCUAGGAGUCCCAUUCAUCAUGCUAGGUCAUGGAUUAUAUGGGACUUUUGAAAUGUUAUCCUCCUGGAGGAAGACUAAAGAAGACCAACAUGUUAAAGAGAGAACUGCAGCAGUCUAUGCAGACUCCAUGCUCUCCUUUUCUCUCACCACUGCCAUGUACCUGGUCACCUUUGGCAUAGGGGCCAGCCCUUUCACGAACAUUGAGGCAGCCAGGAUUUUCUGCUGCAAUUCCUGUAUUGCAAUCUUCUUCAACUACCUCUAUGUACUCUCAUUUUACGGUUCCAGCCUUGUGUUCACUGGCUACAUAGAAAACAAUUACCAGCAUAGUAUCGUCUGUAGAAAAGUCCCAAAACCUGACGUAUUGCAGGAGAAACCAGCAUGGUACAGGUUUCUCCUGACCGCCAGAUUCAGUGAGAACACAACUGAAGGCGAGGAAGCAAACAUUUACGAUAGUCACCUAUUGGUAUGUUUCCUCAAACGCUGUUACUGUGACUGGAUAACCAACACCUAUGUGAAACCUUUUGUAGUCCUCUUUUACCUUAUUUAUAUUUCCUUUGCCUUAAUGGGCUAUCUGCAGGUCAGUGAAGGGUCAGACCUUAGUAACAUCGUAGCAACGGCGACACAAACCAUUGACUACUCUGCUGCCCAGAAAAAGUACUUUAACAACUACAGUCCUGUGAUUGGGUUUUACAUAUAUGAGUCCAUAGAAUACUGGAACACUAGUGUCCAAGAAGAUGUUCUAGAGUACACCAAGGGGUUUGUGCGAAUAUCCUGGUUUGAAAGCUAUUUAAAUUACCUUCGGAAACUCAAUGUAACCACUGGCUUGCCUAAGAAAAAUUUCACAGACAUGUUGAGGAAUUCCUUUUUGAAAGCCCCCCAAUUUUCACAUUUUCAAGAAGACAUCAUCUUCUCUAAAAAGUACAAUGAUGAGGUUGAUGUAGUGGCCUCCAGAAUGUUUCUGGUAGCCAAGACCAUGGAAACAAACAAAGAAGAACUCUAUGAUCUCUUGGAAACCCUGAGGAGACUUUCAGUCACCUCCAAGGUGAAGUUCAUUGUCUUCAAUCCAUCUUUUGUGUACAUGGAUCGAUAUACCUCCUCUCUAGGAGCCCCCCUGCACAAUUCCUGCAUCAGUGCUUUGUUCCUGCUCUUCUUUUCAGCAUUCCUGGUGGCAGAUUCUCUGAUUAAUGUCUGGAUCACUAUAACAGUUGUAUCUGUGGAGUUUGGAGUGAUAGGUUUCAUGACAUUAUGGAAAGUAGAACUGAACUGCAUUUCUGUGUUAUGCUUAAUGUAUGGAAUUAAUUAUACAGUUGACAGUUGUGCUCCACUGUUAUCCACAUUUGUUUUGGGCAAGGAUUCCACAAGAACUAAAUGGGUAAAAAAUGCCCUGGAAGUGCAUGGAGUGGCUAUUUUACAGAGUUACCUCUGCUAUAUUGUUGGUCUGAUUCCUCUCGCAGCUGUGCCUUCAAAUCUGACCUGUACACUGUUCAGGUGCUUGUUUUUAAUAACAUUUUUCACCUUCUUUCACUGCUUUGCCAUUUUACCUGUGAUACUGACUUUCCUGCCACCCUCUAAGAAGAAAAGGAAAGAGAAGAAAAAUCCUGAAAACCAGGAAGAAAUUGAAUGUGUAGAAAUGGUGGAUGUCGAUAGUACCCGAGUGGUUGACCAAAUUACAACAGUGUGACAGUGUCUGCUUGGCAUAUUUUCACCCUAGGUCUUAUCAAGAGCGAAGUGAUUGUGUUACUGAAACAGCGAAAUUCAAGAUCGUUCCCUUUUUUAAGGAUAAGAAGGCAUUACAAAAAAAGGAAAGGACAAGGGGGGUAAUUGGCAUGGCAUAUUUUCAGUCUUUAAAACAAAAGGGUUGUUAUCAGAAUGAAUUCACACACACACAAACACACACGCACACACGUGGACCAUAGAAGACUUAUGGUCUCUUAAGAUCAAAUACAAGAAAGCUUAUUAACAGGCAGGAUCCCAUUUUAUCCACACUGCAGAUGUUACUGGUAUUGUGAUAAAAGCAACUGAUUGAAAGGUCAGCUGCCAAGGCAGAAAUAGCUUUAAGCAUUAUUCAAACAACAAGGCUUUCAAAACUUCCCCAGAGCAGUAGCUGUAGUCAGCAUCUGUGGUUUGAAGUCUUAGCUGUCUCACCUAACUACCCAACACCUAAGGAGAUGUUUUUGAAAAUUCUGACCAGCAAAAGCAAGCCAAAACCUCAGAAGCAGACAUGGUAGAGUGACCAUCACCCAUGAACUGAAAUUGAAUCACCCCUAAAUUCACCUGGGUGAGGCAGUUUUGUUGUCUAGAAUGAAAGUAUCAUGUUCCCCAUUGAUAUACUUUUAACAUUUACAUAGUUCAGUUAAUACACCUAAAAAACAAUGCCAGCUUGAGCAUUACAGAAUUGGGGCAAAUCUAUUUUGGAAUAUCUUGUCACUUGUCACCAAAUGGGCCUGCUUUAUUAGUUACAGCUCUUGGCAGGAGGCUCUAGGGACAUAAAAUCACAGUGCCAAACCCAAAUACCUGGCAUGAUGGAGAAAAGCAGGUGUCCACUUGAACCUAGGGACAGUGUCUGCAUUUUAACAGCAACAACAACAAAAGCCAGCUGGUACAGCUGUUUGUGGUUUGGCCCUACAUGCAUUUUUGCAUGGAUGCCCAGAAACAACAUCUGCCCAUAUAUAGAUGAGAACGGGAAGAUGAGCGCUGAAAUAGUUGUUUGCCAUAGCUGCAACUUGUAGUACCAGUCUGCUUUUGCUAUGGGACAUGACUUCUCAGGGACUUAAGAAGGGGGAAAAAGAUCUUUAGUGACUCUAAAUCCUGACACGGAGAAACUUUAUAGAAGUGUAAGAAGAUAAAGAGCCAAAAAGGAAAUAGAUGGAAAUUACCAGGAAAAGUAAUCACCAAUACAAAUCUAUUAACAAUAGCAGUCAAACUUUCCUGCUCAACUGGCUCUCCCUCACCUUCUUUAUCCCCCAACACACCAUUUUUGGUGUCCUUCUACUUCACUGCAAGGCCCUACUGUACAUUAACAAGCCCAGAUAUUUAUAUGUUGACCUGCAAAAUCAAUGGGGGAAAUGGUGCACAGAUCUAAACAGAAAUGUUUUGUUUUGAAGAGAAUGUGUAUGUUGCCACAGACCCCUGCCUUUCUUUAAAUCUACAAAAAUGAAACUAAAACCUGGUUAUAGUUGAGGCAAACAUCUGCAGUAUUUUCUCCUUGUAGAGAUGUGGCUUCUUUAGACACCUAUAGUAGUAAGCAUUUCCCAUAAGCAUCUUACCUGUCUGGCCCUUAGCAGAAAUGUGUGACUUCUCCAUCCUCCUUGGAGAUUCUCUAGGUCUUCUGAGACCUAGAAGAAUAAAGUGACUCACCCAGCUCACCCCACUAGAGAUUUCUCAUCAUUGUAGUGUGCCUAAGACAAGGCAGCUCGAUAUUGGGUCUUCUCAUAAGACAGAUAUUACCCCCCUUGAAAUACAUUUCUAAGACAGGAACAUAGGACUUUAUUGCCACUGGGCAGACACUUUUCAAAUGUCUGGGAUAAAAAUAUUUGGAAUUUCAGUUUGUCAUUGUCUUUCUAAAUAGCAAAAAAGCCCAAAUGAUUCACAUGUAACCACACCAAGUACAAAUCUGUGCUUUCUAUUUCACGUACUGUUGUCUGAACAGUUCUAAAUACAUGUACAGGGGAUCAUGGCUAGUGCAUUACACACUUGUUCAGUCUCCCUUGCAGACACACUAAGUGAUCAUACUAACUUGUUAUACACUCAACAAGAAGAUAAUGAGCUUUAAUCUAAGGACAAAUACAGUCCUCACAAAAGGGCAAGUUUGCAUAAUAGAUCUUCAAUCAAUUCUCUCUCCGAGGGGCCUGAAACAAGGCUAUUAUUUAUAAAACAGAACUGAAGAGGGAUUGGUUUUAUUCUUAAAUCAUAUGUUGCUAAAUCAUUUUCUGAACAGUGUGUUCUAAAUCAGCCAUUGAUUUAGUGUCAGCCACAUGGAGCACCUCAGCUUAAAAUGACUCCACAAAACUGACAUCACACACACACACACACACACACACCAAUUAAAUGGAUUUUGUUGAGAAUUUAAUCAUUCAAUUUGGUCAACCAGAAUGACUUACUAUGGAACUUUCUUUUAUGACAGAUAGUAGUUUUCCAAGUUGAUUGAGUCUCUGUAUACGCUGGGAUAUUGUAUUUUUAAAUGAAGGGCAUUUUCAAACUUGUCAACUUCUCUUUUCAGCACUUGAAAUCAAGGCUUAUGAAAUUCUGACUGUGAAAUGAAAUUUUCUAUUGGGGGACUAUGCAUGCCAAGAUUUAUUAUUUAUUGUUAGAUAAUUAUUAUUUGUUACUGUUGAUUAUUGCUCUGACAGCAUUGGUUUAGUGCCACCAUGGAGAAGACACUUUAAGGAGUAUCUCAAAAUCCUAUCUCCAUAAAAUUUUAAGUCUUUA